UUAUCCCUCUUCAAUUUUGAAAUAAAUUAUUUUGUUUAACUCAAAAUCGCAAACAUAGGUCAAACAUAUAUUGUUUAUGUAUAUGGGGUCGAAGAAAUGACGAUAAGACCGUAUUAAAAGGAAUUCGGCAUAUUUUAAUACAAUUUAAUUACGCAAGAACCUAGUAAAAUCUAGCGUCCGCGUACAUGAUAAGAAGAUUUGUGUAUGACAACUAAACAAUAUCACGACUUUGUAAAGAGAUAUUUAAAAAAGAACUUGUAAAAUACAUGUAUAUUUUAAUAUAUGAUAUAUUCCGAAAUAUUCCGACCUGCUGACAUACCUUCUAUUUGCAAUAUUAUUUAUUUGUUCUGUUCCUUUGUAGAAAAAAGCAAAGUGAUAGGCGCGCAACAGAAAUGCGUGCAAAUUUACAUCGCAUCCCCAACUGUUCAAAGUUGGAUGACCUUGAUCAAGGACUUUUUAAAUGGAACGAUUGAAAAAGCUUUCCGUCCGAUCCAAACGCACUUGAGAACACGUUAUGGGUGUGAAAAUCUUAUCUUAAAGUUCGAAUUAAACGAGGAACACUUCGCUAAAUGUGCUAAUUCUAUAAUUGACAUUUUGCAUCAAAUAGUUGUCAAUCAGGAAAGAGAAGCGCAUGUUCUUCCAAAAGUAUUUGCAGCAGACGAACUUAAAGAUGAGAUAGACGAAACAAUGACAAGUCAAUUUCAAGCAUUACAUUUAGGAAUGGUUAACGAUUCCGUCACAAAAAAUCCGGCGGCGAACAAAGAGGCAACUAUUGUUUCCGAUGCGCUCGUUGACGAUCAAGUUACCAAUGAACCUGAUGGGGACACAGCCAUAACUUCCUCUUCCACUGCUGAUGACAUAUGUCGAAGAGUCAUGAACAGGGCUCACAAAAAGAUAUUUGAGAGGAUGGACCCACAAAGAAUGCUGGAAAAACAUAACAUUGCCAUUGAGGCACUUGAACAUGCAAAGGCUGCCCAGAUAGAACUGCAAGAGCGUCUGACAGCAGAAGAGCAGAAGUCCGUCCACGCCACCACCAAGUUGGAGGAAAAGCGUGCAGCAACUCAGAGACUAGAAACGCAGAAAAUUGAGAAUUUAGAAAAGCAAGUUGAAGAAACAAAAUCCCGACUAGUAGACGCCCAAAGCAACCACGACUCCAUGACAAAAGACCGCGACCUUCUUCAGCGGGAGGUGAAGAUGCUUCGCGAGUCGACGCAACAGUUUGGUAUCCAGGCAACACACACAGAGACGCUAAAACAGCAAGUGGAUCAGCUUCGGCGCGAGCUUGAGCUCAUGCGGACCUCAGAGGAGCAGAAACAGCACGUGGACAUGAUAUGCUAUCUUGAGAACUACGUCAGCAAAUUGGAACUGGAUAACCGAGAACUGGCAAACAAGCUGCAGAAGAUAAUGGUGAAACUGGAGCAGGUAGAAGACUUGGUGAAGCAGGGCGUCUGGCAGCUCACACAGGUUGAGUCUGACCUUCAGACAGCUAACAAGCGUAUCGAUGACCUCAGUGAUGAGUUGCCGAAUAAGAAUAGCCAGCUUAUGAAGCUUGAGGCAGACAAGGUCGGACAGUCGAAACCGACGGAAAAUCGCAGCCUUCUCGAUAAGAUAAAACAAAGUGGCAAGAGAGCGUACUGCCAUUUCAAGAAUGUUCUUCACGAAACCGGUCAGACAAACAUACUACAGGAAAAUGAGCUAGUGACAGUGAGAAAUCCUGCACAACUUGGUGAAGGGGGGCAUAUAAUAACCCACGCAGUACAACGGAUGGAAACGGAAGAACAACCAGAACCACCUGCACAAACUAUGCCAAAUAGAGAACAAAGUCAGUUGGGCGAUUUGACUCGCUCAGUUACUUUUGUCACAACCAUACCAAAUGACUUGCAUGACGGGAGGCUCAUUGAGCUGAGCAAUAACAUGGUUCAACAGUUGAAGAGGAUGGCGGUUGAUAAACCACAGGGCUUUUUUGGAAAAGUGUACAUAUCUAAACAGAGAGUUCCAGGAUUUAACAUCCCAGUUGUAUUAAAAGAAAUCAAGUUGCUACAUCAAGAAGGGAACGAGUCUCACACGCACGAACUCGGAUCAGUUAUAAAUGAAAAGAUUGCAUCACGCUUGAUGCAUUUCGGAAUCGUCCCUUUACUGGCGUAUCAUGAUGAUCAUUUAAAUCGGAAGUAUUAUUUUAUAUCGCCUUAUCUUGAGAAUGGAGACCUGUAUGAAGCAAUUGCCGCGGACAGAGUUUGUGAAAAAAACGAUAUUCGCCUUCGUUGUUCAACCAGGAUAAAAAUCAUGUAUCAGAUCGCUUGUGCUAUAGACUUUAUACACACCGGAAAUACAUUCAGGAGAACAGUGUUGCAUAUGGAUAUUAAGUCCAAAAAAAUUGUCCUGGAUAACUACUUCAACGCAAGAUUGAUUGACUUUGGAUUCUCAAGAGAAUUUAACGAAGAUGAUGCUACGUCGAUUAUUGUGUCCGAUGCAGGUCCGAUUCCACACAAUUAUUGUAUGCCUACAAAAAACCAUGAUUAUCAUAGCUUUGGAGUAGUUGUGAUCGAGUUGAUUACUGGUCUUUGUGCGUUUUCGAAAGAGGGCGGGAUUGAACUUCGAUAUUGGUUGGAAAGCUUGAUUGAACACAAGCAACAGGUCUCAGUUUGGAAAAAUAAUGAAGUUGUAAAUAAUUUAGCUAAAAUAGCAGUUAAGUGUGUUGCAAGCGUAAAACAGUCUUCAAUCAACUCAGAACAAAUAAGGAAUGAUUUAAAGACCAUAUGCAGAAAACAAUCAGCUCCGGAAUGGGAAUCAGCUGCGAAAACCGAAAACGUGGACAGAGAUAUUCGGUGCGAAAUAUGUUUGGUCAAUGAAGUAAUGAAAGUCGGAUUUGACGGUCAUGACAAUAAUUCACCAGUACAAGCAGCUUGUAAGAGGCGGAUCCGCAUUUGUUGCUCAUGUAUGAGGAAUUCAUACAUCAAUCCAGUCAAGUGUCAUACAUGCGGAGAAACAAUUCAGUCUUUCAAUGCCAACUGGGGAGCCAUACUGGUUGCUGGGUAUGAUGAAGAAGUCGGGCAUGUUUUCCAAAAUGACAUCAAACAAUUUGAGGAAGUCAUAACAUCGAAAGUACUGCCAGCAAUGUGUAUAAAUCCACAAAAUGUCAUAACUCUGGCUGAAGACAUGAAGGGCAUUAAAGCUGAUGAACAACUUGAUCAGGCAUUUGAUGAUCUUUCCAAAAAAGAUAUUCAAACAUUAUUGUUCGUGUACUCUGGACACAACGAUGAAAAUGGCUUUCAACUUGGUCCGAAUGUGAAUUACCAUUUGGAUAAAGUAAGCUUGAGAUUAAACAAAUGGAACGAAGAAAACCCCCACUUUGGAAAAGUGAUUGCCUUUCUGGACUGCUGUUUUGCUAAAAAAAUGAAUCUGAAUAGUUCGCUCAAGCUUAUUCAGUUUAAUGCUAUCUCUCCAACAACGCCUGCAGAUUUGAAAACAACAGAGGGCAGCUCAUUGUUAAAUUACGUUAUUCAGGCAUUCACGGCAAGAGCAAAUGGUAAAAUCUGUAAAAUGAAGAAUUGUAAAUGUCACGAGCAUAUCCGGGGCAACUUUAUUACUCUUCACAAUUUGUGGGACUACCUUAAUGAACAUAUUCAACUUCAGAGCGAACCAAGUUUAGAAGAGCCGUAUAUGUAUGCAGCAAACAUUAAAUUGCGAGACACACUCUUAGCCUAUAAUUGCGAUUUUGAAGUGAAGUUUGAAUUCACAAUUAAGUGGCUUGAGACGGAAGAAUGGAAAAUAUAUGUGCACCCUAUGGAAUUCAACGAAUUUGAAAUACUUAAAUUGAUUCUUGCUAAAGACAUCUUAAGAUACGUGUAUAAUAUCAAUCCAGGGAUCUACUACAGGGAUUUACUGUCUAAAUUUGCCGAAAUCAUCAGUUUAGAAAUUAACACCGGGCCAAUGACCACGGAUGUGCAAGAGAUUGACAACAUCCAACUGCUUUUGUUAUAUUGGAACUCUAAACGUCAGUUGCGAUGUCUUGCCCGUCCGCUACCCGACGUAAACGUGGAUAAGCCAGUUGGGCGGUGCGUCAAAAAUGUCCCUGACAUACAAGCUUUACACCGGGAUAUUCUUCAGAAAUGCAAUAUAACGGAAAAUCAGUUGACACUUUCUAACCUUCGGCAAUAUAAGCAACGGCUUGAAAAGAAAUUUAAGGCUACAAGACAAUAUUAUGAGUAUAUGUUGGUUGUGGACAUGAUAAUUGAUCACGCAGCAACACAGCUUCAAGACACACGUUUGAGAAUUUCCUUCUUUGAUCUGGCAACGGACUUCACACUGGUCCACAUGAACCUAGUAAAGACCACUGACGUUCAGUAAGUUGCACCGCGGUAAAAGAGACUAUAAUACCACGUUCGGUUAUUGACUCGAGUUAUGAGCUGACUUUACAUGAAAUUGAUGUAAAUGUGCAAUUUUAAUUUAUUUUAAGGGUUCUGUGUUUACAUUUAAGAGCAAACAUGCUGACAGAAAACGUUUGCAAAUAAAUGAUGAAACGUUUUAUAAAAUUGCAUGUCUACAUGUUCUUUGAUAUAUAUCAAAAUUUGCAUAGAUCAGGUUAUAUCAGGUAAAACCUUAGGGAAAGUACUCGAAAUAACAAAACAAAUAUGUGUUAAUUAGUAAUUCGUUGCGUUUACAUGUAUCUUGGUGUAGAGGACAAUGCUAAUUUAAAAGAUGUUAUUUUCCAUUAGUUUAUUUACUUGUUUCUAUGUUUCAUGUAUGAGUAUGUGUGAUUGUAUCCUAUAUCGAUAAGUCUGCAUUAUUGCAACCUCGCUACAUUUCAACAAAAGUAUUGUUUGUUUUACAGACGUUUAGGAAAACGAUAUAUUUUAGAUUGUUCGUUCAUUUUUAUUUCACCACUGAGAACGAAGUGUCUGCGGUGAUUAACUGGAAUCGCUAGUUGGUCGGUUGGUUGAUCGGUUGGUUUGUAAUAUGUGAAUUUUGUAUCGCAAAUAUAUAGUAUGUAUGCUAUGUGCAACAUGUAAUGUUAGUUGUAGAUUUAUUUUCCCUUCAAUUUAGGUAAAUUUAGGAUACUUGUAUCAUUGUACAUAGGCAUUUUUUCAUCGAAAAUGUGCCUCUCUGUUUUCUGUUAAUCAACAUGAUAUUGUUUUCCAUACUAUGAAAAACUGUAAGACGUUAUUUUUGCUUACGAUAGUCGUUGCAGAGUUUUUUCCCUUUCACUUUAACACAUGUUUUAAUACUUGCACUAUUUUGCACAUAUAGACUUUGUAGCGCGAAGUUCUCUCUCAGUUUUCAACAUAUAACCAUAUACCUUAUUGAUAUGUUGUUUUACUGUGUUUAGUGUCAAACGUUAUUUUUGUGUAUAUCACUAUUUUAUUCUCAGAGGUCGUUGCCCGCGAAAUAACGCAACAUUAGGAUGCACAACGAAAGUUAAUUAGAAUGUUAUUUUACAUUAUGUUAUGCGCACUUGAAUUGUGACACAUUGUGGAUACUUACAUUAUUGUACAACAGAAACUGUGUUUCAAACCUUUUUCUGUGUAUCACAACGACACUUAACAGGAUUGAUGUUUAUACGUAUUCAUGUGCAGCACGAGCUUCUUGAAAAGUGAACCCUAUAUGGUCGUUCAUAUUAUUUGUGCGUAUUUUUGUUAUUUAACAUUUUAUUUAGCUAUACAUUAAACGAAUCAGCUGAUUAUUCAAAAGGCUUACGUCUUUAUAUUUUAAAACGUAUUGGUAUUGAACUUAGAAUAUGCAAUUACAUAUUAUUCACAACACAUGCUUUACAGCUUAUUAUGUUUUAAUGUAUUGUAUUGAAUGAUACUUUGUAUGUUUAGUCUACGCAUGUUCAUCUGCAGAAAAAAGCCAUAGUGCAUAUGCUCGUCUUGAAAAACAAUGAAAUAACACACUUUUUUAACAAAACAGGAUUAUUAUUAAGUGAAAUAUGAGCUUUAAAAUGCGUCGUGUGCUAUGUCUUUUUAUAGUUGAUAAGUUCAGUUGUAUGUCUAGACAUGCUUGAACAUUUCUUGAAAAAUAUUAUCUGUUAACAGAUCUCUCCUUGCAAAAAAACGCAUACAGGUCUGCACAUCAAUGAUUUAACUUGAAUACUAUUAAAUGGGUACGAUUUAUCACAAUAGUUUUGUAUUGCGUUUUUUUUUCGAAUCAAGGAUUUCCGUUCUGUUGUUCUGAUUAUGGUCAAGAGGAGGAUGGUCAUGUAUUUCGAAAUAAUUCACUUAUUACUACGUGAUUUGACUUGUAUCAUAUAUUUAAUUUAGUUUUUGAGACGGAACGGAAUGGGAUAGGUAUGUGUCUCGUUAAACCGGAUUAAAACUACAACCGUUUAAUAUUAACCGUUUCCAAGCCGUUUUAAAACGAAUUUCUCUCCUGCUGAUGUAACUGGAGUGUCACCUUAAGCUUUGAACAUACACAUUCGGUUCUUUUAUAUGAUGUUGUGUUUCUGUUUGAGUGAGGCACAUUGAUUUAGAAGUCGUGGAUAUGUUUCAAAUCCCAAAACAUGGAAAGUCGUAUAUUUACGGACGAAAACCGCAUGUUACCCUGAAAAUUGCGAUUACUACUUAGAUACCAUCGUUUGUCGAAUGAAUCAAGCACUUGCUAUUUAUAAUAAAUACCUAAUUUUAGUAUUUAUAAAUCCAUAUUUUACUAUGGCCCAUUGACUUUGUUGAACGCAACUUGAAUAUCGGAAUAAAUAUAGUUAAAAUAUAUGUUUUUAUAUUUCAUAUUGAAUAACGGAAUAGAGUAUUGAGAUGAAAUAACAAGUAAAUUAUGCAAGACUAUCAUUUGAUUCUUAAUUGUUAAUUAUAAUAAAGUGGUUUACGCAUCCAAUCAAAAAAUACAGCGCUGCAUAUAUCGCAUGCGUUAGUAUAUAAAGCGCCUCAUAUAUCGCACAAGUAUAUAAACGAAAAGGAACAGAACGAUGCCAUCAAAAUGUUAUGCAUAACAUCAUUUGCAUUCUAGAAUGUGUAUCACUAUAUACUUAUAUGAGAUUGAACACAUAUUUCAAUAUAAAUUAUAUAAAUGAAUAUUUUGUUUAGUUUGCAUUGAAUAUGAUUGUAUUCACAGGGAUUCUAAAGCAUGUUGUUUAACCGAAGUACCGGUCCUGGAGUUUCACUUCUUUAUAUUACUUUAUAUUGUUAACACACACAUAUAUAUAUUACUAUAUUUUCUUGUUUUACUUUAUAUUGUGUGUAUCAGAGGCAGUAGGUAAUUCCGAACUUGAAUGAAAAUGUAUUCAAAUAAAUGAAGUAAACUAUCAGAUGUUAUAGAUUAAAUGCACUUGUUCAUUUU